ACAUUCGAAACAGUCGAAGCACAGACUCAAUCAUGUUACAUUGAUGGUAAAGAAAUAUUCAUUAUUUAUGUGCUGAAAUUUGUGCUAAUUGUGAUCAAAAAAAAAUUUAAUUAUAAAAAUAAAGUAUCAUCUUCAAUUGAAUAAUAUAUAAUCAGCAAAGGAUAAACAUAAGAUAGAAAAAUUAAAAAAAAUAGAAAAUGUAAUUAGUCAGUUGAUAUUCUACUAUUGCAAUUUUUACGGAAUAUAAAGUUGAGUGACCUCGAGGCGUUCUCUAACAUAAGUAACCCAGCAACUCGACGUGUACAGUACAAAACAACAUUGAGCGCGCGUCAACACGCAAAGAAAAAAACAAAAUUGAAAAAAAAAAAGGAAAAUAAAAUAAAAAGAGACAGAAAGAGUUAGAGAAGAUAAAAAAAACCAAUUGAGAAGUUAAGGCACGACAGAGCGACGUCAACAAUAAGGAGUGGUCGAGAAGAAGAAGAGCAAAUUGGUGCUCUUGCUAACAGGAGCGCAUAAAUAUCGCGGAGGUAUUUGAACAACUUGUUACGAGUUAUUAUGCGACAGACUGGUUCCAGUGAACGUACUGCUGAUUGGUCAGGUCAAGAGGUUCACGGUGCGGCCUCACGGGGCCUGCUUCCCACCACCGUUAAAAUGACUGGUAAUAGUGGGGGUAAUCACGUGAUUACCAGGCGCCAGUCGUCCUACGAUGGUCCCAAUCAGCCACACGCCCCACCCGAAGGACUAGAAUAUCAUUUUAAGGUAAUGCUACUUGGUGACAGUGGAGUUGGCAAAACUUGUAUUUUAACGAGAUUUCGUGAUGGAAGAUUUCUUCCUGGCAAUCUACAUAUAUCAACUGUCGGAAUAGAUUUUCGAAAUAAAGUUGUAACUGUUGCUGAUACAAAAGUGAAACUACAAAUUUGGGAUACAGCAGGUCAAGAAAGAUUUCGCAGUGUGACUCACGCAUACUACCGUGACGCUCAUGCACUGCUACUUCUCUACGAUGUGACCAACAAGACAAGCUAUGAUAACAUCAGAGCCUGGCUUGGUGAAAUCCGUGAAUUUGCACAGACUGAUGUUGUCAUCAUGCUAUUGGGAAAUAAAUGUGAUUGUGGAACAGACAGAGUUAUUAGAAAAGAGGAUGGAAAACGACUUGCUGAUGAAUAUGAUGUACCAUUUAUGGAAACAUCAGCAAAAACUGGACUCAAUGUUGAAUUGGCCUUUUUAGCAGUUGCUAAAGAAUUAUUAGCACGGAAAACAGUAAAUCCUGAUACAGAAAGAUUUAAUGUUCAUGAUUAUGUUCGUCAAGAAUCAGAAAAAAGUACUUGUUUUACAUCACAUUGUCAGACAACUUGAAGAAUUAUGAUUUAUUAAAAUAUUAACAUUAAAACACGUGCACAUAUUAUAUACUAUAUCUAUGACCCAAUUACGUUUUAUUUAAUUUUUAAUGAUUAUUGACUGUAUAAUUGUUUAUUAAUUAUUCUGCUGAUGAAAAUGUAUUAUUAAAUAUAUAUACGUAAAGAGAUUUUCGGUUAAAAUUAAUGCCAAAGAUUGAAAAAAUUUAUACAUGCAGUAGAAAUAAUGUAAUUAAAUUAUUAUUUAUAUUUAUUUUUUCAAUAUGACAACUAGGACAGGUUCUUAGAUCGUUGUUCAUAAUUAGAAAGUGUCUAUAUAAUAAUCAAAUAAAAUUUAGUUUUAGAUAAAAAAAAGUAUAUUGUCCUAAUUAAAUUAUACAAAGUAUGGAAAAAGUUAUAAAUAUGUAUUAUUAUAUUAAGAGAAUUAUAAUCUGUUGAUCAGACUGUGAAAAAAAAAAAAUAUAAAUAUAUACCUGAAGUUCUUAUUUAAUGAAUGUAAUUAAUGCAAAAGAUUACUAUUAAUUUUUAUGAAAAUAUGAAAACUUGGAUUCAGUUUUUAGCAUGUUAAUUUAUUUUUAAUAAACUAAACAUUUUAUUUUUUUGUGUCAAUUCUAAAACAGAUUUGAAAAAAAAACUGUUGAAAUUAAUAUUUUUUAAAUCCGUAUUUCUAUUUUAUCAUUUAUACUAUUUGUUAAAAUAAAUUUAAUUUAAAAAUAUGAGCUAGCUUUUUAUUUUUUAAGUGUUCAAUUUAUUUUUAUUUUAUGUCAAAUAUGUAUUAAAAUUAAACAGUUAUAUGGACCAAAUUUGCAGACAAAAAAAAAAAGAAAAAAUUUUUAUUAAUUUUAUAAUUUCAUUAAUUUAUAAUGCGUAAUUAUAAAUUUAAUUUUUCAUAUUUGUUGAUAAUAAAAUAACACUGUGUCUGCAUAAUAAAAGAAAAUCAAAUUAAAAAAAAAAAAAA